AUGGUACAUGGUCCAUGUGGUCCGUACAACAAGAAUUCACCUUGCAUGAAGAAUGGAUCAUGUUCAAAGUUCUAUCCUAAAGAGUUUAGACAGCGAACACUCAUUGAUGAGGCCGAAUUUUCCAAAUAUAGGCGUACUACUAAUGGUCGAACAGUGAAGAAAAGGAAAUGUGUACUAGACAAUAAGUUCAUUGUUUCGUAUAAUCUAGAAUUGUUGCUCAAGUUCGGGUGCCACAUAAAUGUGGAAUACACAUGCCAAACAAGUUCUAUUAAGUAUAUGUUUAAGUAUGUACACAAGGGUAAUGACCGCGUAACAGCUACUCUAUACAAUGCUGGUGAUCCAUCAGAAGCCACACAAGUUGUUGACGAAAUUAGGAAUUACUGCGAUUGUAGGUACAUUUCGGCAUGUGAGGCAGUGUGGCGUCUAUUUGGAUACGAAAUCCAAGAGAAAGAACCAUUUGUGAUUAGACUUCCAUUCCAUUUGGUGGAUGAGCAACCUGUGGUUUAUGGUGAAACUUCUAAUGUGAAUGAUAUCGUCGAAAGAGCAAUAUCUCAUAAGUCCAUGUUUUUGGGAUGGAUGGCGGCGAACAUGUCAUAUCCCUAUGCUCGAAGUCUGACUUAUGUUGAGUUUCCAACCAAGUUUGUUUGGAAGGACGAUUCUUCAAAGUGGUUUCCUCGAAAGAAAGGCUUCGCGAUUGGAAGACUCAUGUACCUACAGAGAGGAUGUAUGAGUUUUCGAGAUAUAAGAACAGUAGGAGGAACAAUUUAUGCUAUGUAUAGAGAUACAUGCUUCGCCCUUGGACUCUUGCAAGAUGACAAAGAAUUCAUUCAUGCAAUUAAGGAAGCAAGCUUAUGGGCCUCAGGAUCAUAUGUUAGGAGGUUAUUUGUCAUUCUAUUAACAUCCAACAAUAUCUCAAGACCAGAACAUGUCUGGGAUAGAUGUUGGCAUGAACUCUCAGAUGAUAUUUUGUAUCGACAGAGAGUUGUGAUGAACAUGAGGGAGUUAACAAUGUCAGAUGAUGAGAUUAAGCAGUUGUGCUUAAUGGAUAUAGACAAGAUCUUACAUUCCUAUGGUAAAACCUUGAAAGAUUAUCCUCCAAUGCCUUUAGCAACUGAAGUUGAUAGUUCUUUGUUCAUCGAAAGGGUUAUUAGGGAAGAGCUAAACUUUAACAGGGAUGAUUUAAAGAAAAAUGCCUCAGACAUGUUAGCCAUCGCAACACCUGAGCGGAGAUAUGCAUUCGAUAAAAUUGUUACAGCUAUAUAUUGUGAUGAAGGGGGUUUUUUCUUUGUUUAUGGUCAUGGGGGGGUGAUAUAG